UGAAUACUGGAAUGUGUGAAAAGGAUGAUGUCCGUAAGUUUGGAGCCGUAGUCACAACUGUGUUCUUCUCCCUGGUGGUCGUGUUCAGUGUGAUUGGAAACGUUCUCGUGCUGGUGAUCCUGAUCAAGUAUGAAAACCUGAAGUCUAUGACCAACGCCUUCCUGUUUAACCUUGCCGUCUCAGACCUCAUUUUCACCGUCGGGCUGCCCUUCUGGGCCUACUACGACAUCUACACCUGGACCUUUGGGGCCUUUGGCACAGAAGUAUGCAAAGUUGUCAGCUUCAUCUUCGAUGUUGGCUUUUACAGCAGUGCCAUCUUCUUGACCACCAUGACCAUCCACCGCUACAUGGCAGUCGUCCACCCCAUGACCACGAUGGGCUCCAGGAGGACACUCUACUGCCUCUUGACCUCUCUCACUAUCUGGCUGGCAAGCUGCCUGCUCGCGGUUCCAGCAGCUAUUUUAAAGACAGCUCAGAGUAAUCAGAAUGACAAUUCCUUGCACUGCGAGUAUAACCAUCUGGAGUGGAAGAUAGUGGGAGCAUACAUGCAGAACGGCUUCUUCCUGGUCUCGUUCGCCAUCAUCUCUUUCUGCUACAUCCAGAUCCUUCUGCGUCUCCUGCGCCCCACCUCCCACACCAGGCACAAGACGGUGCGCCUCAUCUUCAUCAUCGUGGUCGUCUUCUUCCUGGGCUGGGCGCCCUAUAAUGUGGCCGUGUUCCUGAGGGAGCGUUGUGACAGAAUGUUGCCUCCUUUCGACAACUGUGACGUGUGCAAGACGGUAGACUACGCGCACUACGUGACCCGUCUGGUGGCCUUCUCCCACUGCUGCCUCAACCCUGUGUUCUACGUCUUCAUGGGCAUCAAGUUCCGGAACCACCUGAAGAAUCUUCUGCGCUACUGCGGGGGGAUGACGGAUGUCCAGAGACGCCACAGCCGCCUCAUAUACUCCAAUGCGAGUACGUUGUCACGAGUCACAUCCUUCAAUGAGCAGUUAUGAAAAAGCCUCUAAAAGCAAGUAAGCACCAAAGUAGAACCUCUCUACCACGUUUCAGAUUUUGCUAAUGAUUCAUGAAGCAGCAUUAUCUAGUAGAUUGGUUUUAGUGACCAAUGUGGAUUGAGGCUUUUGUUUGUUAUUUUUCUUUUGUUUGCUCUUUUUCAUUUUCAUUUGCAUUCUUCGUAACAAUGAAUUUAAAAUUGUUAGUAAAAGUAUUUGGUAGUCCUCGGGUAAAUAGAAUAAUAUCAAAAAUGCUGAUACAUAUUUCCCUCUU